AUGAGAUCAUCAGGCGGUUCCAAGAAGCUCGAUCUGCCUGGUCGUGUCUCCUACUUGAGCGACAACAACGUACGGAACUCGGAAGCUCGAGAGCCAAACUACUCACAGACGAAAACCCCUGAUCCAUCGAAUCUAGAGGGAGGUGCUCUUCGAGACGGAGAAGUACCGAGUCUGCUGAGCAAAGAUGGCAUCGGGCUGCUCUUCCAAUAUGCUGUCGUUGGCAUCAAUUACGGUCUUCUACCCGCGACGAUCUACCCGUUUCUUCAGCAAUACCUGAACGCCACAGGAUCUCAAGUCACCACCGCAACAACGUUGGUCAUUUUACCAUGGAGUUUCAAAGCGUUCUACGGCAUCUUGUCCGACUGCGUCCCUCUUUGUGGCUAUCGUCGCAAGUCCUGGAUACUCGUUGGGUGGUCCAUCUGUGUAGCAAUGCUGCUCGUGAUGGCCACUUCACCUGCAGGGGACCCGUACUACACUGUAUCGUCGGACCGGGACACAAAACCGACCGAGUACACGCCGGAAAUUCGGGCUCGCAUCAAUUAUGGAGCUGGUGAUCAAGCUGGCAAGUACGUCAUGUACAUGUUCUUUGCUGCUGUGGGGUACGUGCUUGCAGUCGUGUGCGCCGACAGUGUCGUUGUUGAUUUUGCCCAGCGCGAACCAACUGAACGACGAGGGAAGACCCAGUCAGCGAUCUACACUGUUCGCACGGUGUUUGUCAUCCUGGGUCAGCUCCUUGUUGGCUUCUGCUUCAAUGGCGACGAGUACGGAGGCGACUUUAACUUUUCGCUGACGUUUCCACAGCUCAUGGCGAUUGUUGCGGCGAUCACGGCCCCCAUUUUGCCAAUCACUUGGUUCUUUGUCAAGGAAGAGAAGAAGCCCAGGAUCCCGUUCAAGCAAUACAUGAGUGGCCUGUGGGACCUUCUCCAGAAACGCGCGGUCUACCAGGUCGUGUUUUACCAGUUCUUUCAGAACGUGUUCUCUAGUAUCUCGUACACUGCUAGCUCGCCUGUCCAGUCCUACAUGGUAGGCGUGACCCCCAUCAACAGCACGAUCAGUGAAAUAUUUAGCAACGUGCUUUUUAUGGGAGGGAUCAUGGCUACGUCCAAGUGGGGACUGCAGUGGAGCUGGCGCAAGAUGAUUCUCUUUACGGGUAUCUUUGUCAUUAUCGUGGAUGGCGUCACGACGUAUCUCACGAUUUGGAAUGUGUUCCGCAGUCAAUGGUUCUGGCUCGGUUUGCCUAUUGCAGUGCAGCUCCCGUAUGGCGUAGGUUGGAUGAUUGGCUACUUUGUUAUUGUCGAGCUGUCUGGCAUUGGCAAUGAAGGAGCUGUCUACGGGAUCAUCACGAUGGUUGGUAACCUCGCGUCUCCUUUCGCUCAAGCUCUCACCCUUGUGAUCAACCAGCCGCUGCACUUGACCACGGCUCGUAUCCAGGAAGAUGACACCUCGAUUCGAACGGACCUGACGUAUGCAGUAACGAUCAUGUACGGCAUGACGAUCUUCUCGUGGGUCUUUCUCGUCUUCCUGCCGCCUCAGAAAGCAGAGACGCAGAAACUGUUGCGCACGGGCGGCAGUAGCAAGAUUAUGGGCGGCAUCACUAUUGGAUACGUUUCGUUUGCGUUCGUAUGGUCACUAGUGACCAACAUUAUGGCCAUGUACCCAUCCACGUCGUGUCUUAUGAUCGCAGGAGGGAGGGGCUGCUAA